CACAGAUAUUCUCUGGCUGCACAAUGGCUGUGCAUUGUAACAGGGUUUCCUUUGAUCUUCACUGAGUUGACUAUGACAUCAUUGUGACAUGCUAUUAGACACAGCUCUCAAAGGAGAUGUUUGAAUCAGCAGUCAUUCAGGACAACUAGAGAUUAUUUUCAGACUAAUUUCACAUAGGACAAGACAACUUUAAGAGAUUUCAAGAUGAGUAACCAGAAUUUCUAUGUGUUUGGACUCAAGAGCUUGAUGGAGUGUAUUUCAAGAGCAGUCCUCCUCUCACAACCAACCAACAUCCCUGACUUUAUACAACAGUAUAUGUUAGGAAUUAUGGACUUCAGAGAAUCUCAUCCUGAAUCGGAUCCCAAGAUAGCUGCCUUCAACUACCAAGAGCUAUGGGAGAUUCAAUUCCUGAGAAAAAUGAGGAGAAGGAGAACGACUUCGACUGACCAUUUUGUGCCAUCCCCAGAGGAGCUAGAGGAGGCACAGAAGAUGCUGUUUACAGACUUGGCCUCUUCUAGGACUUCAACCAAGACUACGGCGUCAAUUGCAGCACCUCAUUCUGUGCUGUCCACAGAGGAGGUACAUUCUGAAAAAAAAGUACGGCAAGAUAAAGGAACCACAGACAAACAACAAACUGACAUACCCCAGCAAAAGUCCCAGCGCAAAAUGCCAUUGAUACCAAAAAAAGUUUCAUCAUCUACAGAUGCUUCAGGGUCCAAAUCAAGGGCAGACAGGCUACCAUCCACAACCUCAACAACAACAGUAGACAACUUGACAAAAUCAACAGAGAAGUCCCAGGACAAAGUCCAAACAAAGAAAACAGUAGUAUUUGCAGAGGACUCAAAGUCAAAUUCCAGGGAAGUCAGUCUCCCACCAAAAACUAGUGAGAGAAUCACUGGCAGUGAGAAGAUAACAACAAGGGCACCCAAGACCACAAUCCCUUGUACUAGAAAAGUUCGAACACCUGCUGAUGCUUCAGGAUCAAAAUCCAGAGCAGUCAGUCUGCCCUCCAAAACCCAAGAAAAAACAACAAACAAUGUCACAACAGAAAUACUGAAAACUCGGCCCACAGUCCCACCAACUACAAAAAUAGUUUCAACACCUGCCGAUGCUUCAGGAUCAAAAUCCAGAGCAGUCAGUCUGCCUUCAAAAAGCAUGGAAAAAACAACAGAAAUUGUCAAAACAAAAAUACUGAAAAGUCCGCCCACAGUUCCACCAACUAGAAAAUUAGUUCCAAGAACUGUAGAUACUUCAGGAUCAAAAUCCAGAGCAGUCAGUCUGCCUUCCAAAAGCAUGGAAAAAACAACAGAAAUUGUCAAAACAAAAAUACUGAAAAGUCCGCCCACAGUUCCACCAACUAGAAAAUUAGUUCCAAGAACUGUAGAUACUUCAGGAUCAAAAUCCAGAGCAGUCAGUCUGCCUUCCAAAAGCAUGGAAAAAACAACAGAAAUUGUCAAAACAAAAAUACUGAAAAGUCCGCCCACAGUUCCACCAACUAGAAAAUUAGUUCCAAGAACUGUAGAUACUUCAGGAUCAAAAUCCAGAGCAGUCAGUCUGCCUUCCAAAAGCAUGGAAAAAACAACAGAAAUUGUCAAAACAGAAAUACUGAAAAGUCCGCCCACAGUUCCACCAACUAGAAAAUUAGUUCCAAGAACUGUAGAUGCUUCAGGAUCAAAAUCCAGAGCAGUCCGUCUGCCUUCCAAAAGCAUGGAAAAAACAACAGAAGAACUGAAAACCUGGCCCACAGUCCCACCAACUAGAAAAUUAGUUCCAAGAACUGUAGAUGCUUCAGGAUCAAAAUCCAGAGCAGUUGGCCUGCCCAACAAACCUCUGAAAACGACCAGUAACAAUCUUGAGAAAAUAUCAGAAAAAACCCAGACCAUUGUUCCACCUAUUUUGAAGAAAAAAUGUUCACAUGCAGAAGUUUCAGCUUCAAAAUCAAAUACAGCCAGUCACCCCCAGAACCUUCUUGAAGCAACCACAAACAGAAAAAAAACAUGUCAGGCAGUGCCACCAGUUCAGAAAAAAAAUAUCAAUCAGACCCCCAAACCUUCCCAUACCCCUAAAACAGUUUCACAAAAGCUUGUUCUUCCACCCGUUACACAGAAGAUGACCAGGGUUCAACCAUCUGUGGUUAAAGGUAAGGAUCUCACAGCUAAAUCUAGUAUGGAAUCAAAAAUAAACAGGGAGGUGGAAUACGGUACACCAAAAACUAGUGCACCCAUGCCAAAAGUCACAGAUGGACCAAAGAAACCAGAACCAGAGAGCACUAGCACAAGACAUACUCAACCAAAAACCCAGAAGCCGAAAAUUGAAAAGAUUAAGAGUUGCUUCAAAAUUUUACCAGACAAGCCCCAAGUACCAAAGGUUCCAUGGGAAGACACCCAUGUAGGACCAGAAAAAAAAGAGAGAAAAAUUCACCACCCUCAGGGUUCAGCAGCUGCCUCGAGUUGUAACCAUACCUGUCCUCAUCCACCACUUUGUGUUGUUCGGGUUAUUAAAUACAAGCGUAUGCAGAUAGUAGCCACACAGCCACAACAAUAAUCCUAUUUAGUUGUUGUUUUCUUAUCAUCCCAACAGAUUCCAUCAGCCUUACUCCUUCCCAAUGUAAAAAUAAAUAUUCUAUUCUA